UCAUUCGUCGUUUUCGUCCAUCUGAAUUUCUCCCUCUCUCUCUCUCUCUCUCUCAAACGCAGAGGUUAAUCGAAACUCAAAAUUCAGAAAACCGGAACAGUCAGAAGCUGCGAAAAAUGGCGGUUGAGGCGAAAAUCGCACCGUCGAUGUUGUCAUCUGACUUCGCCAAUUUGGCGUCGGAGGCCGAGCGGAUGCUUAAUUGUGGUGCCGAUUGGCUUCAUAUGGACAUCAUGGAUGGGCAUUUUGUUCCAAAUCUAACAAUUGGUGCUCCAGUCAUUGAGAGUCUGAGAAAACAUACAAAGGCGUAUCUAGAUUGCCACCUUAUGGUGACAAAUCCCUUAGAUUAUGUUGAAGCUAUGGGUAAAGCUGGUGCCUCUGGUUUUACAUUUCAUGUUGAGGUUUCCAAAGAAAAUUGGCAAGAACUUGUUCAGAAAAUUAAAUUGAAUGGCAUGAGGCCUGGAGUGGCACUAAAGCCUGGAACACCUAUUGAAGAAGUUUAUCCUUUGGUUGAAGGGGAAAAUCCUGUUGAGAUGGUUCUUGUGAUGACUGUGGAACCUGGUUUUGGUGGGCAGAAGUUCAUGCCAAAUAUGAUGGAUAAGGUUCGGGCAUUGAGAAGUAGGUAUCCAUCCCUUGAUAUAGAGGUGGAUGGUGGUUUAGGCCCUUCAACCAUUGAUGUGGCUGCUUCAGCCGGAGCAAACUGUAUUGUUGCUGGAAGUUCAGUGUUUGGAGCUCCAGAACCAGCACAAGUUAUAUCCCUUAUGAGAACGAGUGUUGAGAAAGCCUCAAAGAGCAAUUGAUCUUGUUGCAGGCAAGAUAUAAGAAUACUGGAUAAACAAAAAUAUUCCACAGUGUAACUAUUAAUCAAUUUGAUACCUCCAAGUUUUGAAAUUAAUUGAAAUCAUAUGAUUUCAUAAUUUUAUUUAUUUUGUUGUAUUACGUUUGUAUCUUCAAGGGGUGUAUGUAAAACUGUUGAGCCAUGUACAAGAUGGUACUUAGGUCAGGAUUGACACGUGAAUAUUUUUGGAUCUUCAUUUUUCUAAUAAAAUCAUUAUCUUAUGCUCA